UGUUUGUGAUGAUUAAUUUAUAAACUGACUUAUCUAAACGAAAUACUAUGCAUGGCAUAAUUAGUUGUUAAAUUUGUUAAAAUAUAAUUUUGUUACCAUUUAUGAGUGUUUAGUAUGUUAAAAGAAUUGAGUGUUGGAGAUAUAACUUAUUUUUAUGAUUGCAAUGUGAAAGGUGAUGUUAUAGAAUACUUGUUAUAUGAUUCCAAUGAAACCUGGAUAGCAACAAAGACUAAAGACGAGGUGCUGCAGACCGUACAGCUACUGAAUAAACGCAUAAAGCAUGAUGUGGCAAUUGCAUUUGAUACCUUACAAAAUACGCUGCCGGACUCAGCUACUUGGGUUGAAAAUGAUAAACCCCCGGAGGCAAGCAAUGCACGUGAGCGUGCCUUAAAACUCAAAUAUCGUGUUAAGGGAUUUCCAUUCCAUUUUGAAUGGCGUUUAAAGCAACACAAUGAUUCAAGCACCAUCCAACUACCUAUCAACCAAGUUGCGAGUUUAGUAGAUGUAUUACCAGCAACAAUCGAAGAGCUAUUGGGGAUAUUGCAAAGCAAAGAACAGGAAAUAAAUCAGUACCGAAGAGAAUUUGGCAGUUUGAGAAGAUCCACUUUAGCAACGACAAAAUUUGAUGUGGAGACGUUUCGUGAGCAAUAUGCAGAUGCUGACAUGAAUGUAAAGACUUUGCAAAGAAUUGUUGCUCGUUGGCGGUCAGUGCAUGGAGAAGAGGAGUCUACAGCCGUAGUGGAUAGUUCACCCAGCAGUAAAGGCAGUCCGUCGAUUGUAAUAAAGAAAGAAGAACCGGGUACAAGUUCCACGAGUGUGAGAAAAACUGUGCAAGAAAGUCCUAGAAGCAGGAAACGUAAAGCGUUGCAUAAUUAUAAAACGCAAAUGAUGCGCUCGCUGCAAUCUGCCAAGAAGGAGUUGGAAUAUGAAAGUCAGAGUCAAAGUGAAAGCCAAUCGCUUAGCGAUAGCGAGCCAAUAAUUGGAAAUGAAGUGAAAAAAGUGCGUGAAAAUGUCGAAGUUCUGGAAAAUGUAAUUGCCAAGGAAGUGACAAUAGCGCAAAGCGUAGUGAAGAGUGUAAACACGCCAAGUGGUAGAGUAACGCGUAAUUCUUCGCCAAAAACGCCGACAAAUCCAAUUGUUGCAGAUAGCAAUAAGUCUACGAAGGAGGUAGCAAGUAAUGCCAAAAAAUCGUCGCCACGCAUUGGAAAUCGUCCCCACACACGUCAAAAUAGACGCGUAAGUCCAAAAAGUGAUUCAAAUACAAAUGAGUUGGCACUCAAGGAAGACACUGGUGAAAGUGUGCUGCAUGCAAUUGUUGCGCCGGCGAAAAUUGCCACUACAACUAAAACAAUAACUCCAAACAAUAAUAAUUUGAAUGUGAAACAUAAAAUUAUAAACAAUGCAAGGAAUUUGGUGAAACCACAGUUUGCUGAGCAGCUGGAAGUGACUAAAAAUGAUUUGAGCACUUAUGUGGACUCGAUGCUGAGUCAAUUAGCCGCCAUAGAUAAGGAAUUGUGUGGAUGAUAGACAUACACUUUUCAUAUAUUUAUAGCACAAAAAUAAAAGUAAAAAAAAAAUUAAUAAAGAAAUAUAAAUU